CCGAAGAAGUUGGGCCACGCGAUAAUAAUAAGAGAUACCAUGAACCUAUAAUUCUCAAUGCAGCUCGGCUCUCUCGUCAAGAAAAAGCACGUCGACGUGUAUUUUCUUGGUACACUCAAUCACAAUUACGAUAUGCAGCCGGUGAUGGAAUGCCACAAGAAACAUUAGAAGAUCUUUUAGAAACAGCAAAGGGGGACUCUCGUCGAGGAACUGUAGCUGAUGAAAUUCAUAGAGUUUACCCGAUAAACGGACAAAUUGACGUGUCUCCCGGUGGAGGAUUUGGGGAUGUAACAAUAUCUGAAAGGUCAUCGAUAUGUAGCAGUACUGGAGCGGCCGAUAGAUUUGGAACUCCAAUGGGAGUUUCCGGAUCUCCAAUAGGCAGCUUCAGAAUUACGAACUCUCGUGAAGAGACGCAACUAUUCAAUAAUAUGGCGAUUCGAACGGACUCUGAAACAAAGAUUACAUCUCCAAUGGCAUUAAAUUUAUCCACAAGAACUCAUGAAACGUCAACAACUGAAAGUGUACGGAGCAGUUUCGUGCCGGCUACGAUCAAUGACACUGACUUGGGAGGCUUACAGCUAAGAGAAACCCAGUUAAUCAAACCGCCACCAGUGCCCAAAGAUGACCCUACAUUUGGAUAUAAGAGACUGGAUGUGGUGAAUGGAAUGCCAAGAAAGUCAUCUAUUGUGAUAAAUGACUCAAUACUAUUACCAAAUCCUGUUCCAAUGGAAGAGCAUAAGAGUACUGGGGGAGGUGUUUGGGGACGACUUUGGGGUUGGGGCUGA